UGAAUGCGUCGGAAAUGACGUGACGCAAGUAAAACACGCAUCCUUCUACUCCAGCGAAGGUUUCGGUUUCGCCGUUGAUGCAAAGGACUGACAUGAUCCCUGCAGUUUUUAAAAAAAUCAAGCUGAAACAUUGAAGAUGUCUGAUUCGAGGAGAAGGUCUAGAGGGAGUCAAGAGGAGUCAGCGGGAACGUCCAAUGGACUGGGUGGGCGGAACAGGUCAGAGAGAGCUUGUGAUAUGGGUGAUGAAGAUGAUACUGGUGCCGGACCCUCAGCUAUUAGUGAGGAAGAUGAUGAUCCAACACACAGGAGAGAGAUCAGGAGCAAGUACAGGGAUCUGAUCAAUCAUGUCCAGGAAAAUCGUGAGGACAUGCUGAACCCAGCUAACAAUAAACUCACUGAUGUUUUAGAAGAGGCCAACAAACUUUUUGCCAAUGUGAGUCGGGCUCGUGAAGCAGCGCUGGAUGCUCAACUCCUGGUACUAGCCACUGAUAUAGGGAAGGAAAAGGCCAGCCAGCUACGUGCUGAAGGCUCUGCGUUUGACCCGUCUGCAUUUACAGAACAUUUGUUGUCCUUCAUGGGUCUGAAUCGUUUUGAGGAUGAAAGUGGUCAGGAUGGGAACUUAGAGGGAUAUUUACCACAAAGUGCCUGGCAGACGCUUGCAAAGAGAUCUGAGUUUUGCUUCAAAACAGCCCCCUCAUUCCACUACAUCCUCGGCUCGUUUCUGGCAGAGCCUCCUCCUCUACGGCAGAGAGUUGAAAGACAAAGGAAAGCACCCAGCAAAGAGGCCAAACGAAUGAUGCCCACCCAGCUGAAGAAAAUGGAAGAAUCUAACCUGGAGGCGACAGAGAGAGAGGUCGAAAGAAUUCUUCAAUGUCUGCGAAAAUACUUUGCUCAUGACCCAAAGGAACCCAUUUCAUAUUACAAGUUCGUCAUUGACCCCAACUCCUUCUCCCGGACUGUGGAGAACAUCUUCCACAUGUCUUUCCUCAUAAGGGAUGGUCUGGUGAAAAUGAACUUGGAUAAGUAUGGUCUUCCUUGUAUAGCUCCAGUAAAGAAAGGUGAGGUAGAGCUUGGUAGAGCUGCUGUCCGACAUCAAUGUGUCAUCUCCAUCAACCAGGAAACCUGGAGGGAAAUCAUCGAUGCCUUUGAUAUUAAGGGAGCUUUUAUCCCUCCUUCAGAAGUUUUGUCGCAGGAAGGCUAAGUUGGAGGAUAGUUAGCGGCAGCCACCAAAAUAUUUCUGGUCAAUUGUGUGCGUAUAGAGGGUGUCUGCAUGCUUAAAUAUUUCUCUCUGUUCACAUGGGAUCAAGUGUUCUUAAAACAGGUUUGCUUUGUAAAUCAUUAUGUAAAGAUAUCCUAUUUGCAUGUCAAAAUUUUUCUAUUUGCACAGCCCUCAUACUACAGAGUGGCCGCUUUUACUUACAGGUAAUUUCCUUGAAUGUCAUUUUACUAUCUAAGCUGCUCCAGUAAACCUUAUUAUGAUUGUGUAUUGAUAAGAAACUUAUUGCAGAUUACCGUAUUUUCUGGACUAUAAGUCAAACUUUUUUUCAUAGUAUGGCUGGUCCGGUUUUGUUUGAAUUUAGGGAUUUUAAGGUUAUGUUCGAAUUUCUUCAUAGUAAUGACUAAUCAUUAAUCUGGUCACAAAAGUACUGUAUGUAGAACCUCAAAAUUUGCCAUAUCCUGACUUCACUGUAUGUUCAGCUUACAUUUGUACACUACCACGUAGAGGUGAAAUAACAUCUGUAUAAUUUUUUUAAUAUAGUUGAAAAUGUGUGAAUGUGAUUUAAAACUAGUCUUAUAAAAUCUUAAUUAAUACAUACUCUUGACUGUUGCCGGUAUAGUCAAAUAUAUAAAUAUUUCCAUAUGGCAGUU